AUUCUCGUGACACCAAUAUAUAUUGGUGAUAUCUAAGCUAGUUGUGCUAUUUGUAGACCCUAAAAAAUAAAACCAUGGAGGACAACAUGAUUAAAAUCCAAGACUGCAAUGAAGAGGAUGGUCCAUACAUAGAAAUAGAACUUGACCAUGCUGUUAGCACCAAAAUUCACAAUGAUUAUGAUGACAACAAGAACAAUUGUAUAGAUGAUGAAUACAAAUUGCGCAUUUCAAUUUCAUCAACGAUUUCAGUUUCCCUCCAAAAAGAGAGUAUAAGUGAUGAAAUUGGAGCUUCCCAGGCAACAUGUGUGAGUGUGAUCCCUUAUGACAAUGUCAAUGUACUAUAUGCUAGGAAACAACCAAGCAUGACAACAACAACAAAUGGAAUUAUGAUGAAAUUAUUGAUCAAGUUCCGAGGAUUAAAAAUCAGAUCACUAUUUGCAUCACUAAUAAAACCAAGACAAAACAACAUAAGCAAAAAGUCAAUAACCUUUUUUGAAUGUUAUCAAAAGGGAUUGGUGAACCCCUCAAAUGGAAGUAAUAGCAAACAUUGGAAUAUGGAGAAUGAUAGCAUAUGUGGAUCUUUGAGAAAAAGUAAAAAAUUGAGUAGGGUGAUGGAGAUGGAUUUGGGAGGUAUAUUAAAUGGCAUGGGAGUGAGCAGAAGAUCAAAAACAAGAACAUGUAACACUAACAACUCACCAAUUCAUGAAGGAUUUUGUAAAGAGAACUCUAUUCAAGCAGCUAUUGCAUAUUGUAAAACUUCAUUUGGUCAAACAGCUGAUUUCACUUUUACAAGUUCAAUUAGCUCUACUCCUUAGAGCCUGCAAUUUUGGCCCGCCCCACUGGCCCGGUAUUUUAUAUUGGACUCUGUAUUAUAGGCUCAAAAAUAAGUGGGCCAUCUUGUCUCCCACGGUUGGCCCAUUGGGCUUCUAGGCCAAAAUUUUAUGUACUUUUUAAAAAAUAAUAAGUAUUAUACCUUGCACCUCCGCACCUAAA